UCCCUGGGGAUCGGAGCUAUUGUCCUGCCCAGGGUUCCACACCCCAGGACCCUCCCUGGCCAAUGACAGCCCACCAGUGGAGCUCAGCCCACCACUUGGAACCAGCCGCAGGGGGCUGCGAUGGGACGGAAGCCAUGAAUGGUGCCGCCCCUGGCCCUGCCGCCGCCCCCUCCCCGGUCCCGGUCCCGGACUGGCGGCAGUUCUGCGAGCUGCAUGCGCAGGCAGCUGCCGUGGACUUCGCACACAAGUUCUGCCGCUUCUUGCGGGACAACCCAGCCUACGAUACCCCCGACGCAGGCGCCUCCUUCUCCCGCCACUUCGCUACAAACUUCCUGGACGUGUUCGGUGAAGCGGUGCGCCGCGUGCUGGUGGCCGGGCCGGCGCCUGCAGGGGCAGCCCAGCACCCCGACGCCAUGGAGCAGGAGCCGGCGGGGCCUGCGGCGCUCAAGGCGGCGGCGUACGGCCACUCGCGGAGCUCGGAGGACGUGACGGCGCAUGCUGCGGCCAAGGCCAGAGUCCGCAAGGGCUUUUCGCUGCGUAACAUGAGCCUAUGCGUGGUGGACGGCGUGCGCGACAUGUGGCACCGGCGCGCUUCGCCCGAGCCCGACACCGCCCCGCGGGCUGUUGAGCCCCCAGCCGAACCACGCGACAAGUGGACACGGCGGCUGCGGCUGCCUCGGACGCUGGCGGCCAAGGUGGAACUGGUGGACAUCCAGCGCGAGGGCGCGCUGCGCUUCAUGGUGGCUGAUGAUGCAGCCGCGGGUCCAGGGGGCGCUGCCCACUGGCAGAAGUGCCGCCUACUCCUGCGCAGGGCCGUGGCGGGCGAGCGCUUUCGCCUCGAGUUCUUCGUGCCGCCCAAGGCCUCCAGGCCCAAGGUCAGCAUCCCUUUGUCAGCCAUCAUCGAGGUCCGCACCACCAUGCCUCUGGAGAUGCCGGAGAAGGACAACACGUUUGUUCUCAAGGUGGAGAAUGGAGCAGAGUACAUCCUGGAGACCAUCGACUCACUGCAGAAGCACUCAUGGGUGGCCGACAUCCAGGGCUGCGUGGACCCCGGGGACAGCGAGGAAGACACUGAACUCUCCUGUGCCCGAGGCAGCUGUCUGGCCAGCCGUGUGGCCUCCUGCAGCUGUGAGUUCCUGAUGGACGCAGUAGACCUGCCUCGGCCUCCAGAAACAACAGCAGCUGUGGUGACAGCCCCACACAGCCGAGCUCGAGAUGCCGUUGGGGAGUCCCUGGUCCAUGUCCCACUGGAGACCUUCCUGGAGACCCUGGAACCUCCAGUAGGCAGCAGGGGUGACAGCAGUAACACAGGGGAGGAGGGGGCAGAGCCAGAGGCUGAGGUCAAGCCCGAGCUGGAGCUCUCCUCCUGCCCGUGGUUCCACGGGACGCUGUCACGGGUCCAGGCAGCUCAGCUGGUACUGGCAGGUGGGCCCCGGAGCCAUGGCCUCUUCGUCAUCCGCCAGAGUGAGACUCGGCCUGGGGAAUACGUGCUGACCUUCAACUUCCAGGGCAAAGCCAAGAUAACAAAUGUCUGGAAGAUUCUCCUGAAGACUGAGAUGCACUCACCCCCUGGGGCCCAGCUCAGCCCUGGGCCUCCACCCCCAAAAGCCCUGCCCAGAUUUGAGACUGUGGUGGGACCCCACUAUGCUGUUCCUCCCUGGCUGAGCCCCUGCCCUGGACUGCCAUUAAUGCUUCCUGGGCUUGCUCUCACUGUUCUAGCAACUUCUGGCCCUGCUGAGUGGCAGAACUCAUUUAUGGGACCCUGCUCCCCCACCAAGCACUUCUCUCUCCUUUAUGUUAGCUACUAGACCAGCUUUCCAUCUUGGCCUUGGGGGCCAUGUGCAUAUCCUGAAUGCCCCCAGCACCUCCCCUCUUGCCACACACACCCCAGAGACCGGCAUUCUUCCUCCUGUGGGAUACGUACUGAGCAAAACAGGGCUGAAACCAGACCUGUGGCUCACCGCUAGGGACCACGGACCUGUGGUGCCUCUCCCCGAUGGCCUGCCCCAUGUGGGCCCAGGAAACCCAGUGAGGAACCAGCCCUGUUUCUCGGGCUCCAGGUGCUCCCACCGCAGACAUCUGAGGAGCACGUGCAGUCACUCCUUCCCCCGCCAGCCGUGGGCUUGUUUCCACCAUUCUGGGCCUGUCUCUUCAGGGACAGCAGGCAGACCCAGAGGCAGUUUGGAGGGGGGAAAAUCGCACAAACACAAGUUCUCUUCCUAACUCUGCGUCCUGUGACUAUGGGUGGGUCACUCCCUCCCUCUGCCUCAGUUUGUCCAUCUCUAACUUGGGGGCUGUAAUCUCUGCCUUCUAGGGCUGUUGGAGACUAGGGAGGCGUGAAGGGCAUGAUGUGGGUGCUGCCUUCCAUCCCAGCCUGGCUAUGUUGCCCUCCUCCCCGAUCCCCACCACAGGAGUAACUCUCCUAAGAUGGGGCUCAAGUGUGAGGGACCCCCACUCUGACACAGCCCCAUAUGGCCUCUGUGAGACAUGGUCCUCCCACCCACCCCGAAAGGCACUUGCCCAGCAGGUGGCCAGUCUAGGACCCCACCACUGACCAUGCCCACCUGUGC